UUUUUUUUUUUUUUUACUUUAAAUCUCAGUCAGCAUAACGUGACUGAGUCAACUGUUUCGGACUGAAUUGUCUCCACAUAGUCACUUAUUGACUGCAACCUGUUUUGCGAGACAAAGGAUGACACAGGUCAAGGCGUUGAAGCGUGCUUGAACAGCAAGGACUCAGCAUUCUACCUCAGUGAACAAGCUGCUAAUACCUCAAGAGGUUACAUUGCACUUCUAAUAAUCCAAAGUUCUGAAAAGCCGUGGAAUUUGAGAGCCGAUUACUCACUUUAACCCAGUGCAGCAGAAGGACAACUUUCACUUCUUCUUGAAAUUUUAAGGACCUCUUUCUGGAACACUGCCAGGAUUUUACACUAUGAUGUCUUAGUUGUUUUAAUGAAGGUGCUACACUUUUUGAGCCAGCCAUUUUUUAUGUAUCUUGGACAUAUUUUCUGUCAUAAGAGAGGUGCUCAAGAAAAUAAUCUUUUUGCACUUCCAAGUAUUCUAAAGGAACCAACAACAGGAUCGAGAGUCAUUAACAUAUAGUCAUCUUGUGGAGUUGUGGUUUUAAAAAACGAUGGCGUUUGGUGAAGUCCUAGAUUAUGUGGGGGGCACAGGACGCUUCCAGAUCGUGCAUGUGAGUCUUCUCUGCAUACCUGUCCUGUUGAUGGCCAGUCAUAACCUGCUGCAGAACUUUGUGGCUGCGGUGCCCCCUCACUACUGCAGCGCACACACCAACAUCUCUCAGUCCCAACUGAGCCCAGAGGAAACGCUGCUGCUUACCGUGCCGCUAGACAAGACAGGGAAGCCCGAGAGGUGCAGUCGUUACGCUGCUCCACAGUGGCACCGUCUGACUAAGAAUGGGACCUCUGUUUUUGAGGAAGGAGACACUAAGGAUGAUUUGGAUGCUGACCUGCAGGGAUGCUUGGAUGGAUGGUCCUAUAACAUGACCGAGAUGACCACCACGAUCAUAUCUGAUUGGCAUUUGGUGUGUGAUAUGCGCUCUUUGAAGCAAAUGGGACAAACAAUCUACAUGGGAGGUGUGCUUGUGGGAGCUCUUGUCUUCGGAGGUCUUUCUGACAGGUAUGGCCGACGCAUCCUGCUGCUCAUCUCUAACCUGCUGAUGGCAGUAGCAGGAACAUGUGCUGCUUUCUCCACCAGCUUCCCACUCUACUGCCUGUUCCGCUUUGGUUGUGGCAUGGCUCUGUCAGGCGUGGGGCUCAACACCUUCUCACUCAUCGUGGAGUGGAUCCCCACUCAUGUUCGAACUGGAGUGGGGACAAUCACAGGUUACUGUUACACAAUCGGGCAGCUGAUCCUGGCUUUCAUAGCCUACUUCAUCCGGGACUGGAGGUGGUUAAUCCUGGCUGUGUCUUUGCCCUUCUACGUCUUCUUCCUCAUCUCAUGGUGGUUUCAUGAAUCUUCAAGAUGGUUAGUUCUGACUAAUCAGCCUGAAAAAGCCAUCAAGAACCUUAAAAGUGUGGCCAAAUUUAAUGGACGACAUGAAGAGGCAGAGAAAAUCGACAUUAAAAUGCUGCAAGAGUCCAUGAAGAAAGAGAUGUCCUGUUCGCAUGGAUCCUACACAGCUCUGGAUCUGUUCCGCACACCCACAAUGCGGUCUAUGACAGUCUGCCUUAGUGCUGUCUGGUUAUCAACCAGCUUUGCCUACUAUGGUCUUGCUAUGGAUUUGCAAAAGUUUGGGGUGGACAUCUACCUAAUCCAAGUGAUCUUUGGAGCUGUUGACAUCCCUGCUAAAAUCAUCAUAACCUUGACAAUGAGUUUCAUUGGACGGCGUCCAUCCCAAGCUGGUGCUCAAAUCAUUGCUGGAAUCGCUAUUUUGAUCAACCUGCUGAUACCUAAUGAUAUGCAGACUGCACGCACCUGUCUGGCUGUGGUGGGUAAAGGUUGCCUUGCUGCCUCCUUCAACUGCUGCUACCUUUACUCUGGAGAACUGUUCCCGACUGUGAUUCGUCAGAAUGGCAUGGGCUGGGUAUCCAUGAUGGCUCGUGUGGGAGCCAUGGUGGCCCCCAUGGUGCUUCUAACGGCCGACUACGUACCUUGGCUACCGGGUUUGAUCUAUGGUGGAGCUCCGAUCCUCACCGGAGUGGCUGCGAUAUUUCUUCCAGAAACUAUUGGCUGCCCUCUUCCUGAUACAAUACAGGAUAUGGAGGACAGGGGAUCUGGGAAAAAUUCCAAAACGGCACCAAAGGAGUCAAUAAUCCUGCAAGACACGCAGUCGAAUCUCCUAAAGCAGACAGCCUGAGGCAUCUGUAUUGUACUCCUGAUGUUUUGCUGACAUGUUAAUGAACGUAGAGUGGGUACUGCUUUUUCUCCCGCCUGUUUAUUUGUUUAAUUUCUAUGUAGAGUUUAUUGUGUUGUGUGACUGCUGACAAAUGGAGUAGCAAUGUUAUUUUUGGACAGGUCAAUAGAGUGAAAUGAAUAGCUGCAAACAAUCACAUCUAUUUUUUAUUUAUCUUUAAAGACUUCAGUCUGAAUUUGGACCAGUUAUGUUUUAUAUGUUUAAUAUCUAAUUGAAAAAAAAAAUCUUCUUAAAUUUCAACUCUAUGAUAGGCUUUUGCAGAUAUUUUUUACAACUUUACAUACAAUGGUAUAAUCAUGAAUAUAUUUGUGAACAAAAACGUAUUUUCAUUAAAAUCAACACCUAUGAAUUUA